AUGGAGAUGGUGCAAAACAGGGCGCCGCCGCCUUUGUCCUCCCGUAGGUGCACGCCCUGUGCUCAGGAGGACCAGGGCACCAGCCGGAGGGGGCUAGCACACUGCAUCUGCAGCGUGGGAGAAAACAAGCGGUUCGUCUUCAGCAUCGCUGGCAGCCUGGCAGUGGCCGUGCUCUCCCUCCAGAGACGCCUCAGCACAGGCAGUUCCACCCUGAAAGAGAUCGUCACCCCGAAAAAGGAGAGGCUCUGCACCAUCCUCUUCUUGAUGACCCUGGCUGCUCUUGCUGGCGCCUACUGCGGGACCUCGCUGCUCGUGUGGAUGCUGGAGGCAAAGAAUGUGCCGCAGCUGCUGCUGGGGCAGCCUGCUGCUGACCUGAGGUCCCUGCGGAGCGUGCUGGCUGUGUGGGGGCAACAAUCCCAAGAGGUGCAACAGCUGAGGGAUGAGGUGGCGCGCCUGGCUGCGGAGAUGGGUGCUGUGAAGAAGGAAGCUCGGCAAAUGAGAGAGGCAAUGUCUGCAAGCACGCAGAUGUCCGACUGGGCUCUGAAACGCGCAGGGGCUGCCAUCGACCUGCAGAGAUCGUCCAGCAGCUCUGCAUGGCUCUGCAAGGUGUUCUGGUUCCUGUGUUCUCCGCCCCUUGUGGAUACCUUUGUGCAGCCGGAUGCUUCCCCGGGUUACUGCUGGCCUUUCCAAGGGUUUCGGAGUGAGGUGCUGCUCCGGCUGCCCACAGAAGUACGACCGAAGGCCAUCACCAUAGAGCACACCUCCAAGACAGCCUCUCCGCUGGGGACUGUGCGCAGUGCCCCCCGCGAUUUCACUGUCUACGGACUGGAUGAGGAAGGCAAGGAGGAAACUCUGCUGGGGACGUUCACCUACACGGUGCAGAAAGGGCCGACCCAGACCUUCCCUCUGCAGAAGGGGAUCCCCAGAGCCUUUCGGUUUUUGAAGCUUGGCAUACAGAGCAACUGGGGAAAACCGGGGUACGUCUGCAUUUAUCGAGUGCAGGUGUGUGGGAAGAUGGUGGGAACAAACGCCAUCAGCGUGAGCCAUGUGGAGACCUUCCCUCCGUAAGAAAUAA